AUUGAACUUGAGCUGGAGUAUGAUAACCACAAAGGUACCUUUGUGUUUUGGGACAAGGACGUUAUCCCUUACACGAAAUUGAAUGCCAAGGAGUUAAGACAAAUUAUGGAGGAGGCUGUAGAAGAAGACAACCCUAAGAUUUGGCCUGUUCACCUCGAUGUGUUGUUGAAUAAGGAAUUGGUCUUCCGUAUCAAAUAUCAAUCGUCCUACGAGCAAUUCUCUAUUGUCGCAAUACUCAACGAGGAGAACCUUUUCAACAAGUUUGACAACUACCUCUGCCCUAAUGAGGUAUCCUUGGAUGCAACCCAUGCUGGGAGCCCUACUGCGAGCUCUAGCUCCACUCCUGCCAAGAGGGUUGCUACAUCAACCAUUGUUAGUGAUCUCAUGCUAGCUGAAGAACUUACCCCUAAACAAUCUGCUACUAAAGCCAAGCCUGGAAGGAAGACUAAGCAUAUAAAGAAGGAGUAGUUUGGUGGGCCUCAUUCAUAUGUCAUUUCUUUUUGGAUGCAACUUUUUAUUUAACACCUUCUUUGUAAGGAAACUAUUCAAGUAAUAUGUAUUUUGUAUGUUGAA